AUGACACAAUCAGAAGUUGAAAUUCAACAACAAAGAUUAGAAAGUACUAAUAUAUCAAAUAAUAAUAUGGAAGAAAAUGGUCAUCAUCAUACUCAAAAUGGUAAUGGUACUAUAGUAGAAGAAGAAGAAGAAGAAUUAAGUGGACCAUUAUUAAUUGAACAAUUAGAAGGUAAUGGUAUAACUUCAUCAGAUAUUAAAAAAUUAAAAUCAGAAGGAUAUCAUACUAUUGAAAGUAUUGCUUAUACUCCAAAAAGAAUAUUAUUAACUGUUAAAGGUAUAAGUGAAUCAAAAGCUGAAAAAAUUUCAAAUGAAGCAGCUAAAUUAGUUCCCUUGGGUUUUACAACUGCAAGUGAGUUUCAUUCAAGAAGAUCAGAACUUAUAUGUUUAACAACUGGUUCAAAACAAUUAGAUACUUUAUUGGGUGGUGGUAUUGAAACAGGUUCAAUAACAGAAUUAUUUGGAGAAUUUAGAACUGGUAAAUCACAAUUAUGUCAUACAUUAGCAGUUACAUGUCAAUUACCAAUAGAUAUGGGAGGUGGAGAAGGUAAAUGUCUUUAUAUAGAUACAGAAGGAACAUUUAGACCUAAUAGAUUAGUUUCAAUAGCAAAUAGAUUUGGUUUAAGUCCAAAUGAUUGUUUAGAUAAUGUUGCAUAUGCAAGAGCUUAUAAUGCAGAACAUCAAUUAAAUUUAUUAAAUUUAGCAGCUCAAAUGAUGGCAGAAUCAAGAUUUUCAUUAUUAAUAGUAGAUAGUAUAAUGUCAUUAUAUAGAACUGAUUAUGCAGGUAGAGGUGAAUUAAGUGCAAGACAAACUCAUGUUGCAAAAUUUAUGAGAUUUUUACAAAGAUUAGCAGAUGAAUUUGGUAUUGCAGUAGUUAUAACAAAUCAAGUUGUUGCUCAAGUUGAUGGUCAAGCAGGAAUGUAUAAUCCAGAUCCAAAAAAACCAAUUGGUGGUAAUAUUAUUGCUCAUUCUUCAACAACAAGAUUAUCAUUAAAAAAGGCAAGAGGUGAACAAAGAAUUUGUAAAGUUUAUGAUAGUCCUUGUUUACCAGAAAGUGAUUGUUUAUUUGCAAUUUAUGAAGAUGGAAUUGGUGAUCCAAAAAUUGAAGAAAAUGAUUAA